CAAGCCCUCAAAUCUCAGCAAAAGUCCUUUUGUCACUGCUUCAACUUUGCUUCAUCAUGAAUCAGUAGUACCCACUAAACACGUUUCGUUUUUUACAUUCCUUUUGUCACUUUAAAAAAAAAAAAAAAAACUGAAGGGAGAGAAAUUGAUGGAAGAGAGAAGAAUGGUUAUAAUAGAAUUGCCACCAGGAAUGGCUAAGGGGUUCAGAUUCCAUCCCACCGAUGCGGAACUCAUCACCGAUUACUUGAGGCCCAAGCUUCUUGGAAGAGAUUCCGACGUCGAUAAAGUCAUCGCUGAGGUCGAUUUCUGCAAGUUCGAGCCUUGGGAUUUACCUCCGCAAUCGAAGAUAGAGUCGAAAGAUCGGAUGUGGUUGUUCUUCGGCAAACGCGAUUACAAGUACCCAAGCAGUAAACGGUCGAAAAGGACGACCAAAGAAGGGUUCUGGAAGAUCACAGGAAAGGAACGGGUGAUAAAGGAUCAAGAAACGAAGAAAUGCAUUGGAAAGAAGAGGACUUUGGUGUUCCACAAGGGUCCCACUCCUGGCCAAAGGACCAACUGGGUCAUGCAUGAAUACUACAUUGAACCUCAUCUCCUCCCCAACCAGCGGUCCUAUGUUCUUUGCCGCUUGAAGGAAAAAGCGAAUGACAAGGCUAAUACUCCAGACAGCGGAGAAGGCAAUCCAUGCGGCGAUAUCACGUCUGAAGUUGAAAAUCCUGUAACACCUGCUGCAAUUCCAUCGGUGCAAUUCCAGGUACAUGGUCAUGCAGAAGGGAAUGCUGAGUCGCCCUCGCAACUAGUUUCCUCACCAGAUGGCUUCCUCACUGAGGUGGAAAUGAGUUCGAUCUUGGAGGAUUGCCUCAAUGACGAUCAAAAUACCCAGUUCGUGCAUGAGAACCAUCCCAACCCAGAAAAUUCCCUGCCUCAUCAGGUAACGCAAUUUACAGAAGAGUUUCCGGAAGAGAUUAUGGAUAGACUUUCUGCUGACCCAGAUGCUGACCCCUAUACGAAAUACUAUGGGGAAGCGGCAUAUAAUCCUUUCAUUGACCGCAUCCCGCAAGCAUCAUUCUGGAGACCGUAUAAUGAGGAUGGUCUGGUCAGAAGUGACACAAACACUGAAGGAGUCAACGAACAGUCACGGCGAGCAAAACGGGGUUUAGGCUUGUCCGAUUCACCUGUUGGUUCAAAGAAAACUCAAAUUUUGCAAAUGGCCGGAAUAUCUUCCGAAGAACUGCAAGGUGACAUUCCUAGGGAACGUCGUCCGAGAAUUCAACCGCAGGAUAGAGUUUCAUCCACAGCAGCAUCUGGAAACAUGGUAGGAUAUCAAGAACUGCAAAUGGGCCUUACUAGGGAACCUCCUCUGAUGAGAGUGCAACUGCAGGCAGGAAGAGUUUCAUCCACAGAAAUAUCUGGACACAUGGUUCACACAGAAGCCGCAACAAAUGAUUCAAUUUCACGCUUAGACCGUUGCAUCAUUGCAGUAGUCUUCUGCAUCAUUGCAGUAAUCGUCGGUUUCGGUCUGGUGGUGUUGGGUAUAUGUGAUAUAGUGCUGUCGCAACUCAGAAGACAAUGCAAUGGCGUUAAAUCCCACGGCACACAUGUUGCCGUGAUGAAUUCGCUAUACUUGUAUGCAUUUAUAAGCACUCUUUUAUUUUCAUGACAAUGGAGUCUUGGUAUAAUGAAUCUGAGUGUGUGUGUAUAGAACAGGAUUUUGCUUCAUCGGCCUCAACCAUGUUUCUCAGAGAGAAGCUUGUCAAAUGCUCAAGAACAUAUAACAAUAACUCCUCGUGGGAUACUUUAUUGUUUUGCUCCAAAUAUAUUUUCGCAUUGAGUUUCCU